GCCAGCGCACAGAAGAGCGGCGGGGGGGCCAGGCCGAGCAGCAUGUCGGGCCCCGGGCUGCUGGUGGAGCUGCUGGGAGAGAAGCUGAUGAAUUCGGAGCGGGAGGAAGUGGAUGUGCAGGCUCUGGGCUCCAGGGUGUCUUUAAUCGGGUUGCUGUUCGGCUGCGGGAUGAGCGCUCCGUGCCUGCAACUGCUGCCUGGCCUGAGCGACUUCUACUGCAAAACUCGGGACCGUCUGGAGAUCGUCUUCGUCUCCUCCGACCCCGACCAGAAGAAAUGGCAGCUGUUUCUCAAGGACAUGCCUUGGCUGGCACUACCAUACCAAGAGAAGCACAGAAAGCUCAAACUAUGGAACAAGUUCAGAAUCUCCAACAUUCCCUCACUCAUAUUUAUCGAGGCCUCUACUGGAAAGACUGUAUGUAGAAAUGGACUCUUGUUAGUAAGAGAUGACCCAGAAGGACUGGAGUUUCCUUGGGGCCCAAAGCCUUUCUGUGAAGUGAUUGCUGGUCCUUUAAUCAGGAACAAUGGCCAGUCACAGGAAAGCAGUACUCUGGAUGGGUCUUAUGUCGGUGUCUAUUUCUCUGCACACUGGUGCCCUCCAUGCCGCAGUCUUACCCGUGUUCUGGUGGAAUCUUACCGGAAAAUUAAGGAGUCUGGACAGAAGUUUGAAAUUGUGCUAGUCAGUGCUGACAGGUCAGAAGAAUCCUUUAAGCAGUAUUUCAGUGAAAUGCCCUGGCUGGCCGUCCCAUACAGUGAUGAGGCAAGAAGGUCACGGCUGAAUCGAUUAUAUGGAAUACAAGGUAUCCCUAAUCUCAUCAUAUUAGACCCCAAAGGAGAGGUCAUUACAAGGCAAGGGCGUGUAGAAGUUCUCCAUGAUGUUGACUGCAAGGAGUUUCCAUGGCACCCAAAGCCUGUAGUAGAACUGACCGAGUUAAAUGCAGUGCAAUUAAAUGAGGGUCCCUGCCUUGUUCUCUUCGUAGAUUCAGAGGAUGAAGGAGAGUCUGAAGCUGCAAAACAGCUCAUCCAGCCCAUAGCUGAAAAAAUAAUAGCACAAUAUAAAGCCAAAGACGAGGAUGCACCACUACUGUUCUUUGUUGCAGGGGAGGAUGACAUGACAGAUUCCCUGCGGGAUUUCACUAAUCUCCCAGAAGCUGCCCCUCUGCUGACCAUACUGGACAUGUCGGCUAGAGCAAAGUAUGUGAUGGACGUGGAGGAGAUUACGCCAGAGAUCGUUGAGAGCUUUGUUAGCGACUUCUUAGCAGAAAAACUGAAACCAGAACCCAUCUAGAGAGAUAUCGCCACAGUAUUUUUACCUGCAGAAAGUCAUUAUUUAAAACCACAGCUGCUUCUUUCCUUCUUGCCACAAGUUAAGGAUUUUAAUAUAGUGUCACAGCUCGGAACACAUUUCCAUGGUGCCUUUUGUGUGUUUGUUUUAAAAUAAUCUGACCCAUGUCAUGGAACGCUCUUCUAUAUAACCGUGCUUCUGCAGGACAGUGUUACCCGGCAGUGAGUGAAACAGCAAUCCUCGGGCUGGACCUGCCAUAAACCAGAGACAAUUCUUACUAGUAAACUCACCACUUCAGUGUUUUGAUAUUCUGCUGUGACUGCUGCAAUAGCAGAACACUCUAUUAUUCUUAGCAGUUAAUAUAUUUUUUUUUAGGAUAUGAAUUGUUACUGGUUCGUAGUUCCAUUACCUUCAGAUCACACCAACCCACCUUUCUCGCUUUCCCACACAGUUUUGUAUGCAUAUUAUCAAUGUUUCGCUUGGGUGAUUGCUUCUGUUAUUUGUAUCUAAGAAUUUUAUGAGAACUAUAAUAAGUGGCCUUGUUUAGUCAUGUUUCAGUAUGUGCCAUUAUCAUGUCAAAACAUUCAAUGAAAUUCCCAUAAGCCUUAGCAGUAUUCAGAAUUAUACCUGUAUGAAAAGGAAAUGUUCUGCUGGCCUUCACACAGGAUACCAUGAGCCAUAAAUUAAGUGUUAUUACAAGGGAUAUAGACCUGCCAUGCCAAGAUCACGUUCUCUCCACAAGAUGUUUGCUUACAUCGCUAAGCAAGAACUGUAUAUAAAGCACAAACCCAGUCAUCUAAAUUUGUAUAUUUUUUCAUCACAUAUCCCUUCUUUCCAGUCCAACCACUGUUCAUUGUAAAAUCUUAUAUCUAUUUGUGAAGGACAAUAGAUGUAAAAUAUUUGCGGAACUCAUUAAAGUCAAGUCACCAUUAAGAAUUUUCAUA